GAUAAUGAAUUGCAUGUCACAAGUCGUUUUAAGUUUGCAAAAUAACACUUCCUAGUCAGCUGAUUGUUAAUUUACGUUUUGAAAUAGAAUGUCUAAUUAUAACCAGUCGUGUAUAUUGAAACGAAAUGAUGAAAAUUGAAGUAAUUUGUAGUGAAAAUGGUGGAAACAAAAAGAUUAGUGUUUACCAAUAUCAGCUGCGAAAAUGCCAUUAAACUGUCAUAACAAUGGUUGAAAAAAACUAAAAAUUCUUUGUGAUCGGAGUGUCCAACACCUCUUAGGUGCGAUUUAGUAUUAAAAAUCGUUUUUACGCAUUUGAUUUAAAACAUGUUCGGGAGUUCAUGAAUUAUUGUUUCUUUGUUUAUUUUUGUGUUGGGUAAACACAUUCUAAUUUUCCAAAAUAGUCGUUAACUAGUUGUGCUUAAUUGUGUUUAUUUAAUUAAAUGUUAUGUUUUUGUUGAUAAGGAUACCCUACAUAUACGAUACAGUAUCGACUCGGUAUGCUUAGAAGAUUGUUAUUUGAAUAAAUUUGAGACUCAAGAUGCUGCACAUAUUCCAUGUCGAUGCCGGUCAAAUGAUCACAUUAGAUAUGAAUCUAGCCCUUGAAACAGUGGGCAAUUUAAAGAAUGUGAUCCAAGAAGAGCUUAACAUUGCAGCUAACAAGAUGGUGUUGCUAAUAAGUGGAGGUAUAUCAUUGAAUAAUCGCAUGAGGGUGUGUUCCUAUUCUGCCGGCACGGAUACAAACCCGAUAUUUCUAUUUAGCAAAUCUAUUAUCGAAUCUCCCAUACCUCCACUACCCGGCUUAGACUCAGCAAGUGAAAGUGAUAUUGAACAAAAAGUCCGUGAGCACUGUGAUAUGCCGGUAACAUUUGCUACAGUCGGAAAAAGGACUCAAUUAGCUCAACACCUUCUGGAAUUAGCUAGAAAACAUCUAUCGAUCUGCGAAAAUCUUGUCCAUGAUCAACAUCUUCAGCAACAAGGAUGGGCCGCCGUUGUAGCGAACCUAGAAGACUCCACAAACUCAUUUCGGAAAGCGGUUGUAGAUUCAGAAAAACAGUUCAGACACUAUCUUAAGAUGAGAGAUUUUUACAUAAAAAUUUUAAAAUUGGAAGAUCCAGCUGAAGGUGAAAAUUCUGAUAAAAAAGAAGACAUAAGACAAAGCUCAGUCGUUUUUUCAAUAUCGCCUGAGCAACAGGAUGAUUACUUAAAGAGAAAUCCAUCAAGAAUCUUUUUCGAAAGAGAUUUAGAGGUACUGAAAAGGAUUCCAGUUUUGCCAUCCUUACUAAUGCCAGCUGCGAAAACCUUUAUAGAAAACUUCAAGGCAUCGAUAAGGGAAGAUGAGGAAGCUUCUAGUAGCACUUCACAGACAAGUAGAGUAAUCACUCUGUUUGAUUGGAUAAACGCCACCAAAAAAUAUGGACCAUUAGAUAAAUUAUACGAAAUUUGUUGCGUAGGCGUUCAGCAGAUUGAUAAGCAACUCUACCAGUCACUCUCCAAAGAUUUCGCAGAGGUUAUCAAAAAUGCAGACAAUAUCCAAAUGAAGGAAAUUAAAGGAUUGGGAGAACGACUGUCUGGGCUAGAAACACUUAUGAGGGAAGCCAAGAAGCUGGUCAAGCAACAAGCAGAAUUAACUCUCUCGUUCGUUAAUAAUCAAAGCCGGGCAAGUAAUACAAAAGAUCCAUCGGUACUUCCCGAUUUAUGUACGUCUCAUAAAAAACAACUAGCAAUGAUGGCAAGCUACCACGCUCAAAUAUGUGACAUUCGAAGAAGAUGUGCCAAAGCGAAAGAAGAACUAAGUAUAAAUCUGUAUCAUCGGCUCAAAUGGGUAAUGUAUAUCGAAGAUCGAGUUACAGAAGCCUACUACAAAAUGGACGCAUAUGGUAGUGAUAUAGAUAAACUUAAAUACAACAUAGGUCUUCUCCAGCAAAUGCAUAUGUGUCCAACCUACUAUCUAUCCGCUCUUACCGAAGUAGUCAGAAGAAGAACAUUUUCUCAACAGUUUUUAUUGUGGGCAUCCGAAUUAGCCUGCCGUCUGCUUGCAAUAUACAAUGAAGAGGUGACUCGAAGAAAGGAGUUUCGAUCUCAGUUCCAAGGGCACUUCCUUAAUGUUUUAUUUCCCGGUAUGGAAGAUCUUCCUCCAAAUUUCGCUACUCAAGCACCUCCGAUGUUUGACAUGUCUCUGCCCCCGAUAACGCAGGAAGAUAUAGAUACUCUGAAAACAGAAAUUCCAGACUUAGCAGAUAAGCUGAAUGUACCAGAUACAAAGAGUUAUACGAAUUUUUUUCUAUUAAAUUCUCUUACUAGAAAAGAAGAAGAAACGGAGGAUACAGUAGGUAAUGAAGAAGCAUUGAAAGCAGUUGAAGAAAAACUGAUACAGGCAGUUAAUGAUGUAGGUUUGGCUAGCGAUUUAGACAAGGACAUAUUGAGAUGUACUGGUAGUGAGCCUUGUCUCACUACUGCAGUUGGUAUAACACAACAUAAAGAGCUAGACAAAGGCUGUGAAUCUGAAACGGAUACUGAGGAGUUUGAGAAAGUGUGUCAAAGUCCUCCUGAACCUAAUUUCGAUAGGAAUAUACCAUCACUUCGUCCGCACACCCAAGAUGCAUCUACCUCCACAGAGGUCAGUGACAACAAAACGUCUCUUCCUCCCAAAAAACCUCCUAGAACUUUCCAACAAAAACCCACUCAACAAGAACACUCCUCUUGUCACACCCAAAGGACUUUAAGCGUCAGUUCCAAUACUGAUUCAUUUACUAACAUCAAACAUCCAUCCUUAGAAUCCAUAGAAGAAAUUUCUAAUGUUAGACCUACAGAUAGUUGCUUCAACUCCCACUAUCACGGAAAUCCCGUGCUUAGAUCUAAAUCCAUUUCACCUCACACUCCACAGAGUCCGCAGGUAAAUAGUCCCUUGGGCCACCAAACUACGCAGAACCUCGCCGGAGUAGGAGAUUUUUCAAAUGAUGAAUUUUACAUCGACGAGAGCCUACCGUCGAGCCUUAGUAUCGAAACGGGACACAGUCAAGGCUCCGAAUUCAUUAAACAACUCGAUACCGCUCAUAACGUCGUGGCUUUGUUGCAGGAUAAUCUUCAAAUAUCCAGAACCGAACAUGAUCGAUUAAAAAAUGUACUCGGUAAACUUCAUCAGUUAGCAAUGGAAGCAACCCUGGAUCUCCGAUCUGAACUUUCUGCCCUGAAAACACACGUGUUAGCUACACAAAACUGUACUAGUCAAUACUGCGAUAGCCUAACGAAUUCUUGGGAAAAUCUAAUCGUCUUGCGUGAACAAAAAGAAAAGGAUACUCUAGAAUCAAUUACAAAAAAUCAUGAAGAUGCAAUUAAGGAAUUGAGUAAACGAGAAGAAGAAAAUAAUAAACAAAUUGAAAAUUUACUGAAUGAUAAAGUUUCUUUAGAAAACGAUCUUCUGAAAUCUCGUGAGUUGUUAGAAGAAUUGAAAGAAAACUUAGUUAAAUUAAAUGAAGAAAAUAUCAAAAUAAAAGAAGAUCUUCAGAACCAGUUACUUGAAAAAGAUCAAGAAAUGAAUAAAUUAAUAAAAGAAACUUCGGAUAGGCUAGUUAAGGAUCAUAAAGCUGAGAUCGAAAAUAUAAGAUCUAGAUUUAAAUUAAUGACUAUGGAAAGGAGUCCUUCAGAUAAUACCUUUGAAAAAUCAUUGGAUUCCAAUAAUUUACAAAGUAACUCUACUUUCCUUCAACAAAUGAAAGAUAAUUUCGACCUAGAAAAAGAAAAGGCAGUUAACGAUGCUGUAGAACAAGAACGAACAACAUUAAUGGAAUUAAUGGAUAAUAGGAUCCGAGAAAUCGAAUCGAAGUUUCUAUCAGAAAAAAAUCUGGCUUUACAAGAUCUAGCGAUAAAAAUUUCAGAAGAAAAAGAUAAACAAAUCGAAGUUCUUAUGGAAAGAGAAAAGAAUCUAACUUUAGAAUGCAUCAAAUAUAAAGGAACAAUUCAACAAUUAGCCGAAAGUGCGACGGAGAGUUCGGAUGUUGAGUUAUUGAAGAUGAUUAGCACACUGCAAAGCGAAAAAGAAGCUUUAAUAGAAGAACUAGAAAAUAGUAAAAUGUCGAAAGAUAAGUCUAUAGAUAUGUCAACAUCCGUGGCUGUUUGCGAAGCUAAAGUUGAUGUAACUACUAGUCCUAUGAAACGAAAAGACGAGAAAAAAUCGGAAUAUACACAGAAAGGUAUUAUUAAUAUUGAAAGCUGCAAACCUGGUGAUCGUGUAAUAGUUUGCUGGGACAAAGAUCACGAAAAUUUUAGAGUUGUACAGGACAAACAGCAUCUUUAUUUUUUACAUUCUGACUAUUUAGAAGAAUUAGGCUUUGAAAUCAAUGAAAAUGGACCUAAUAAGUUUUUUUGUAUAGGCGAAGUAAUCAACAAAGAAUAUUGUUACGCUAGAAAGUCGGAUAAUAGAUACAAAGUACCAAAAUGCACCAAGUUCUUCCGAGUGAAAGUCCGACCGCCAACAGCUCUAGCACGCGACGUUACGCAAAGCCUUUACCAACCCUCCAGUAGCCAAAAUACAUUACGAAUGACUCGAAGUCAAUCGGCUGCUUCUUCAUAUUCAGAAGACGAUAAACCAGCUACUCAAUUACCCUCGACGUAUCCUAUUUCAGUUAUUCUGGAAGGAGAUCAAAUCGACGGAUCAGAUAUUCUUCAAGAUAGAGAUAUAUGCCAAGACCACUGUAAUAUACAAGAAAAUAAGUCAGAACAUGAGUCCGAAAAUAACGAAAAAUUAGUGCAAAAUAGAGUGCAAUGGCCCGAACAACACUUUGCUGAAGAUAGUGGUAUUGUUGAAAAUGUGGAAGAGGUUAUGGCAGCUUUUGAUAAUACUCCCCCAGUAGAAGGCGAAAACAAAAAUACUUUAGAUGUUUGUGAUCGGGAUUGUAAACAUGUUUUUCAAGAACAGCACGGUUAUGUCACCAACACGUGGCUGGAAAUGAUACUUAGUAGAGUGUUUACUAAAAGCAUUCGAAAUCAGAGAGACUACAUUGAAAAAAGCACAGAGUGAAGAGGAUAAUUUGCAGUUUGCAGACAACAAACCCAUCGAAAAUACUUUUCUCGUAAUUUAAGAAACUUCACUUAGCAUGGAUCUGUGGACUACAUGUUUAAUUUUAUUGUGAUAUUGAUAUUCUGCUACCUGAGUAAAUAAAUGGGAGAUAUGAUUGACAUUUGUCAGUUUUGAGUUGACAGUUCAUGUUUAAAAUAAUAUUUUGUUUAUAUAGAGAGGACUUUAGAAGGAAAUAUUUAGUUUGGGAAAAAAUCGUUAUAUUUUAGCUGCUGCCAUGAUUAAAAUUUAAUUUAGAUUUUUUCCUCGGUUAUGAACUGACAGCAUAAAUCUUGUCGGUUAAUCUCCUUUCUUACAAUGAUAAUAAUUUAUAAUUUCUUAUAAAUUUCUCUAAUUUUUUCAUUUCUAUAAGAGAAUCGGUAUUUGUUGAAGGUUACCAUAUUUAUACCUUUUACUGAUUUACAUUUGAAUCUUAGGUUGUAGAUUGAGGUGAUUUAAAAAAAUUUAAAAAAAACAUAAAAUUUGAAAACAAGUAAUACAGUUUUUAGGAAUCAAUCAUUAUUAUUUGACGAAAAAUCAAAAACAUUUUUGUUUGAAUUUUGUACAUAUAGAAUAGUAAAAAAUGAUGCUGUUGUUUAUUAAAAAGUAAUUAGUAUUUUCAAUACUAAUAAUUUUUCAUUCUUCAAAAUAUUUGGAAUUUUGAUACCUCAUCCAUUCAUCAAAAAGUAUAUGUAAAUAUUUUUUUGAAUAUUACAGUGUUUACAAAAUAAGUUAAUUUGUCAGUAAUAGUAUAUUAAUAGUUAUGGAAAACUAAACUCACUUCAAAGUAUUAAGUAUACCAGUAGUUGACAAAUAUUUUACACUCUCAAUAGUGUAUAGUAGGAUAUUCUUUAUGUACGUCCAUAUAUUCUUCUUCAGGAUUUCUUAUAGUGCUAACUUUCAUUACCACGUCAAAUUUGCGGUACAAAACCCGAAUCCAUUAUAUAUAUGGACUAGAAGUUUAACCUCCAAAGGUGUUUUGCUUUAUGGCUUUCUGCAAACAAACAAGAUCAAUUAUAAAACUUGUCGAUUGACUAACAUAAAAGAAUAUUUUAGUCCUGGUGAGACUUCAAGGUCCCCAUUAACAAACUAGAGCUUUAUUCACCAGGUCAACUCUCCUAAUAGUUCGAACUUUUUAAAGGUGAUACCACAACAUCAAAAAAUUGUAAGUACCAUGGCGCAGUCCGCUUUGCAAAUUUUUUGUAACUUUCAAUAAUUUUUGGGCUUCCUCAAGCUUUCCACUGUUUAUUUUCGUACCGAAAUAAACUUCUCUUGUCCUAAAUAGUCAUCUUGUUCCUUUAUGAUAACUUUGCAGCUUCUAAUUUCUUAUUGUCAGUUUCAGUCGCUUCAGUGGCUUCACAAUAUUUUUUCUAUUGAUUGGAUUAAACGCUUAUUGGAAAUCUAAACACAGCGUUUACAUAUCAAUCUGGUGCUCAUGUGAUUUUUCCACUCUCUGGUUAAUGGUAGGUCAUGCAAAUUGUGGAUUUACAUGACUUGCCAUUAACGAAUAAUUUUAAAGACUAUGAUAUACUGACCAGCAAAGGAGAAACUGAAUAAUUCACAAUCAAUAAAAGAGUGAGACAAGGUGACUGUUUCAUCAUUCAAUCUAAAGCUAAAGCAUGUAGUAAAAAAUUUUAGUGAAGGAAAUUCUGGUAGAGGUCAAAAAAUAGCAUGCGCGGACGACGUAAUUUUAAUUAAAAAAAUAAGAAACAUAAUGGAAAGUAUGUUGAAGAAACUUACAAAAGAGGGAGUGGAAAUGUGAUAGAAAUAAACAAAAAUUGAGGUAUGCAAGCAAUUCAGAAUCAAAACUUCAAAUAUAUAAGAAUUAAGAUAAGAGUAAUGGGGAAAGAUGAUCAGAAAUAGAAAAAAAAAAUAUAAGCAACCUAUAGCAUAUCGUUCGAAUAAGAAGAUGAAUUCCAAGGAGUAGGCUUCAGAAUCAGCCGACAGGGGUGAUUUGUUGUAGGUUAUACCUCGGAAUUGAAUAAUUUCUUAGAUUAAUUAACGAAUAACUACCCUACGCAACACCCUCUCUUGAUAAUGAAUUAAAAGUGGAAGCGGAAAUGUCGGGAAAAUUUAAAUUCUCUGAUUUUGCAAUACACUCGAUCCUGUAUCUAUUUAAUUCUCCUAGUUCAAUAUUUUCUCCAGUUCAGCUAUAGCAUCUAAAUCUUUUUAUAACUUUUCUUUUUCUUCAAAUAAACUAUCAGUAAUUUCCUGUUUUGUCAUUUUUUCAUUAACUGUCGGGAUAUUCUUUAUAUCUUUAGUUUAAUCUAAAGUACUAGCGGUCACUUCAUAUGAAUUUCUGGCAGGUGAAAUGGUUGCAAUAACUACUGAUUUCGUAUGUCCUCCCAAAUAAUCUUUGAGGGGAAUUUUGAAUCUCUAUAAAGAAUAUGUUUUUGUGAUUUGUCAACUAAAGCUUGAAUAACUCUACCAAGUGUUAAAAGAGAUUUGUUAAUAUUUCCCACCUACAUUAACCUCUAAGUUCAAUUUUCCAGUUCCAUAGGUUAUAUCACAUUUACAUAUAGCUCAAUCUAGGUUUAAAAACUGUUUGAAAGCUGCAUUUCCUAUCUUUUAAAACCAAUUCCCUGGGUCUAUGAUUGAUAUUUUGUUCCUCUUCUUGUUUACUUGAAGGCCUUAUACGAACAACCCCCAUGUAUAGUGCUUAUAUUUAAAAAUAUAGUUGAAUCCAAAAGUGAUGUUUUCCUGAGCCAUUGAGCAAAAUAUUGACACAUUAGUUCCAUUAAUUUUUGUUAUGUACAAUUAUUGCUUAGAAGAUACUAGUAGUUUUGCUUUUUGCACAUUAUUUCACAGCACGUUCAUAAAACUACUGUUGAAUAUUUUGUAUUCCAAAAUAUUACUUUUUGGAAGGUAAAUAGGUGAGUUGGAUAAUAUUAUGCAAGAAAAUACAAGUUUUCUGUAUUUCACAGCAUUGUAUGGCCUUAGUAAUUUUAGAUCAAACUUUUCUUGUUUAAUGGGUCAAAGUCAAAGAUAUACGAGAAAAUUAUAAUUUUUAUCCCGAUUUGAAAUGUAUUUUAUAUGACUAAAAUGCACGUUAUUGUCGAAAAUAUUUAACAUAAAAAAUAAAUAAAAACAUAAUUUAUUUUGAUAUUUUUCUUUAAUCGACUGUGUACAAUUUCUGUAUUUAGAAUAAUAAUUUUUCUAAUAAUAUAAAUUUUAGUCAUCAAACAUUUUAAAUCAGUUCUCGAUGUAACGUGUAAUCCCACAAAAUUUCCAAUUUAUCUUGGAACAGAUAAAUAGAUUUAAGAAUAUAAUUGUUAAUGAUUGUAAACAAUUAUAUAUGACAUAAAAGUGAAAUUUUCUUUUUUUUGUGAUAAUUUUUUAGUUGUAUUAAUUUUAUUUGUAUAAAAUUUGUGUGAAUAUGUAUAUAUGCAGAAAGUAAGGUAUUAUGUUGUGGUAAGAAGAACAUCAAUCUAGUUAUUGUUUCAUGCAACGGUCUUAAAUUUAUGACAAAAAAUAAAUGGAACAAUGAGGUGUGUAGCUACUCACCGACCUCAAAGUAAAAAUUGUGAUAAAAUACGUUUUUUUUUGUGAAAACGGUUGGUAAUUAGCUAAACAGCAUCACAUUGCAGAAAGAUAUAAAACUAACAAUUUACUCAGAUAAUGAACGUUGUCCAUAUAAUAAGGUUCCCAAGGAGUUGUGGCCCUAGAAACGCUGUCAAGCGGAAGUUUUAGUAGACUGACGUGUAGCUGGGCUCCAUUUUUCCCAGUUCCCGUCCCACGCUUCCAUUCGAUUCUCACAUCAAAACGUUUUGAGUGGUAACAUUCAUUCCUAACUGUCAGUCUCACACAACUCCCUUUCAGCCUAGACCCACCCAGUGAUUACCAUAUCUUCCUUGAAUUAAAGAAACUUUGAGCGGGACGACGAGGAGCUGAACGAAGAGGUUUUAAGCUAUCUUAACUACAAGCAAGCUAAUAACUAUUUUUCAUUGUGAAAAUUCAUUGGGACACUUAUUUAUGGAUAAAAUAUGACAUAAAAUAUGGAUCAAAACAAUUUCAUGAUACAGAGAAGAAUUAUCUGUAAACUGAUCGCAGUGAUAUUUUUUUAAAUCUAAAUUAAAUGUUCAUUUUAGUAUUUUCUGUAAUUGUUAGUUUACCAAAAUACUUACUAUGUACUCAAUAAAUCGUUAAAAUUGGUCCUAUCACUGCCAAAUCACGGUUUUAAAGGUAUGUUACCAAAACUUUUAUGUGCUGGUACGAAUUUUUAUACUUUAUCACAGUCUUGGUGGUGACUACCUGUACAAUGUAUGUUUAUUUAUUUACUAGUUUGUUUACAAUGCUAUUCAUUUAUAUGAAUUGGUGUGUUCUACAUGUUUCAAAUCUGAAUGUGUGAACCUUCACUGGAGCAGGAAUUCCAUUAUUAAGCCAACUUUGCAAUUGUUAAUGCAAUUGGGAGGCAAAAAUAAGCAGAUGAAUAAUAGAAAAUAACAAGUUAGUUAUAAAAUAAUUUGUCCACAGAUUGAUGAUAAUUUCUUACAAUAUUUAGUAAAGCCUGAAUUUGAAUGGUGUUUUUAAAAAAAUGUGUUAUUUUUUGUUUCAUGAAAUUGUAUAAAGUAUGAUAUUUUUAUCAGCAGGAUGUAUUUGUAUGGAACUAAUUUAAUCUAAAAAUGUUCUACAAAUUUUUUAUAACAAUGCCAAGUGCAAUAAUAAAUUAGUAAAAUCCAUAUUUUGUUUAAUUUACUCAGCGUGAAUAAUUUUCACGUGCUUAUAUCAAUAAAUGGGAUUCCAUACUUUACUUUUGAAGUGACCACGUGUGAAAUUACUUUUUUUUUUAAAUAUAAAUUAAAUCCUGUAUUUUCGAACAGCUAAGUCGUUAGUGGUGCAGCUAUGACCUAGAACACACAAUAAGUUUACAACUUAAGUUCCUCAUCAUUGCUUGACUUAUUCAUUAAUUUCCAUAGUAUAUAACCCAACUUCCUAACCCUAACGCAUUCAUGUCAUUAUAUUCGGGGGCCCUUGGCCUCCACAUCCUAAGCCACCUUAUAAACUACCAAGAACACAAUAAAGAAUUAUGAAGUAUACGAUAAAGCCCCGUACAUUGUAGUAGAAAACAAAAAUAUUAAGGUAAUUUUAAAAGUAUCAAAAAAAUUACCUGAAUAAGGGAGCAGCUAGACAUCUGUCACAACUAGGUCAGAAUUGAAGUGUCACGAACGUAGCACUGCUGACUCCAUAAUUAGCUCCUUGUUGUCAGGGAGAAUUGGAAACAACUGAAAAUAGCAAUCAAAUGCCUACAGCUACCACAAUUAACCUAAGAGGUGGGGUCUAUUCAAGAUAAUGAAAUGGAGGGCAAAGGAAGCUGAUUGGAAUAAAUGGACGAAGGCAUUGGAAAGCAUUGAAAUAGGCUUAAAAUAUGAUAAGUGGGAAAUGAAAAUUUCUACUUACUUUCUCAAGUUGACUUUUUUUACUUCUUACUACUACUACAAAAAAAUGAUACUGGAACCCUACCAAACUCAUUCAUACUAACCUAUUAACUUCAUCCGUAGGAACAUUGCGUUUAGGCAUUAUUUAAAACAAAAAGUUAAAUGUCAAAUCACACUAUAUAUAAAAUGGAACCAAUAACUAACGUCAAACUUUCCAAAAAAUAUACAAGAACACAACUUGCACUAAACUGAACAACUUACCAACUCAUAAACAUAAAUAUUAAUCAGAUAUCUAAGUUGAAAUUUCUGAAACCGUUAGUGAUAUUCACACUGAAUAAACUGUUUACAUCAUUCACAAUUACACUGAUGCGAUAAGCUACACCUUCACACUCACAAAUUUAAAAUAUUGCAAUUUUCUAUUCUUGUUAAAUAAUGCACUAUGUUUUUGACCUUUAUUUAAAAAUACUAUAGAACUAUUACAUAACUAAUUUAGACGUUUUUAAAAAGAUAAUUUUUCAUUUUAAAUAGAAAUAGGGUUUAGUUACCCUGAAUUGAGGGUAAACCAAAACAACAAAUUCUUCGAGAACAGUUUUAUUUCCCUUUUGUACAAAGUACUGAAAAAAAAUUAAAUAUUAACUCCAAUAGUACAUGUGAUAUUCUCAAAAAAAUUACACAAUUCAAUAUGAAAAUAUACUCAAUUACUUACAUGACUAGCACCCAAAGAAUACCAAAAAUUUUAUAUUUGUAUGACGAGAUUUCAUGAACAAAUGAUGAGAAAAAAAAUAUUACCCAAAACAGUUGAAAAUUGAACUGUCCUUGUUUGAGAGUUUUACGAAUUUUUUUGUAUUUUUUCAACUUU